CCCCCCGGCGAAUGCGAGAUGGCGCUCAGCGGCACGCUCCUUCCCUCCAUCGCCACCUUCGCGGCGGGCGCCGCGGGCCGCGAGAAAGCGGCGCGGCCCGCGGGCCCCGGCAACCGCUGGCGGGAGGAGCUGUCGCAGCUGAAGCGGCCGCCGCCGGCGCUGUCGGCGCGGCCGGUGGAGACGCCGCCGUCGGACCUGGAAGGCGCCGCCGCUCUCGGGCCCCGCCGUGACGCCGAGGAAUUCAAUGACCUGCUCGAUUUCGACUUCAUCCUCUCCAACUCGCUCAUGCACCAGGAGCCCGCCGCCGCCACUGUGGUGGUGGCCCCCGCCGCCACCCCGGCCCCCACCGCCAGCCCCUGCCCCGCCGGGCCCUUCGCCUACCCGCUGCCCCGGCCCGAGCCUGCUGGGCUCCUCUACGGCAGCGGCGGCUGCGACGGGGCGCCCGCCGCUGGGUCAGCCGCGCCCUUCAACCUGGCGGACAUCACCGACGUGUCGCCCUCGGGAGGCUUCGUGGCCGAGCUGAUGCGGCCAGACCUGGACGCGGUGUACUUGCCAGCGCCGGCCGCGCUGCCGCCCCUGGGCAGCCUGCAGGGCAAGUUCGUGGUGAAGGCGGUGGGCGACUACAGCCAUCCUGGGCUUAGCCCCAAGAGCGGCCCCACCGCCCCGCCACCCGGUGCCGACGGCCCCGGCGCGCCCUAUACCUCCCUGCCGCGGAUGUGCCCCAAAAUCAAGCAGGAGGGCGCGCCGCCGUGCCCGCUGGCUCCGCCGCCGCCGCCGCACGGGAGCAGCCCCCGAGGAGCCCCCCAGCACGACUUCGCCCUGGGUAGCCGCGCGCUGCCCGCUCGGAGUACGCCCUCGCUGGGGCCCGAGGAGAUGCUGAGCGGCAGAGACUGUCUCCCCGCCACGCCGGGGCUGGGCCACCCGCCGCUGCCACCGGGCUACCCCCCGGCCCCGGGCUACCCUACCUUCCUGCCCGAGCAGCUCUCGCCCGGAGCGCUGCAGUACCAAGAGCUGAUGCCGCCGGGGAGCUGCCUGCCCGAGGAGACCAAGCCCAAGAGGGGACGCCGGUCGUGGCCCAGGAAAAGGACGGCCACACACACCUGUGACUAUGCGGGCUGCGGCAAAACGUACACCAAGAGCUCUCAUCUCAAGGCGCAUCUGAGAACCCACACAGGUGAGAAACCUUAUCACUGUGACUGGGAAGGCUGUGGGUGGAAGUUUGCCCGAUCAGAUGAACUCACUCGCCACUACAGAAAACACACAGGCCACCGCCCGUUCCAGUGUCAGCGCUGUGACAGAGCCUUCUCCAGGUCGGACCACCUCGCCUUGCACAUGAAGAGGCACUUCUGAUAUGGGAAAGCAGUGGAUCUUUCCCCCGACUGCCGCAGAGAUACAGUAUUUACAGCACAAGGACUGUCUUCCACAAGAUGGGGAGAACUCAUUUUAAGCACUACAGAUAAUCGAGGUGAAGUCUUCCAAAGAGUGGAAAAGAGGGAUAACUGCAUAUGGACGUUGCAACUUUCUUUUUUUUUUAUAGUUAUAUGCUUAAGAGAACCAAAGACGUUGGGGUCAAUGACUGGAUCUUCUAUCAUUCCAUUUGUAAAUCCAACUUGAAUUAUUUCUGGACUACAGAAUGCCAAGGAGUGACUGGAAGUCACGGAUAUCAGGGUUAAACAGACUGUAUGUAGUUCGGAGGGUGGGGAUAUUACACAGGGAAAUGACAUUCCCUUAAUUUCCUUUCAAUGCAAUAUUAGAUGUACAUGUCAUCUUGUACUUUCUUCUUUUUUUUUUUUUUUUUCCUUCUGAAAGCCAUUACAAUGUUAAAAGAGGAGGAAAAAUUCAGGUACAGAAUUAUAUUUUAAAGGCCUAUUUCAUGGUGCUUAGUGACUGUUGGUUCUAGAGGUACCAAAAACAGGAAGCCAAAGUUCUCAAACUGCUGCAUAUCUGACAAGGAACUAUUUUUUAUCUUCCGAUUGCCAAUUAUGACCUAAAUCAGGUGAAUAACCCUGGUUUAUCUUUUUUAUUAAGAAAAUAACUUUAUGCAGACAGUCUGUAAUGCACUGUGGUUUCAAUGUGCAAUAGUUUGUACAAUGGUUUAUUCCCAAAUAUGCCUUAAGCAGAACAAAUGUUUUCUAUAUAGUUCUUUACAUAAUAAAUAUGUAAUAUAAAUUUAAGCAAACUUCUAUUUUGUAUAUUUGUAAACUACGAAGUAAUAAUGAACAUUUUGUUGGAAUUUGUAUUUUGCAUAUUCAAGGUGAAAAUAAGUUUUAAAUAAACCUAUAAUAUUUUA